AUUGUUUACUUAAAGUUGACAAGUCAUGGCGGAAGGAGAUGUUCUGAUAAACCUAAUAGAAUGUGUGGAUUUUGCAGCAAUAAAACAUCGGAACCAAAGACGAAAGGAUAGCGAUUCUACUCCGUACAUCAAUCAUCCCAUAGGUGUAGCUAGAAUUUUGACUCGUGAAGCUGGCAUCCAAGAUAUAGUCAUUUUGCAAGCUGCCCUUCUACACGACACUGUCGAAGAUACUGAUACGACUUUUGAAGAGCUGGAGAAAAAGUUUGGCAAAGCUGUCACAAAUGUUGUGAGAGAGGUAACUGACGACAAAAGCCUCCCAAGCGAAGAAAGGAAAAGAUUGCAGAUUGUUCAUGCUCCCACAUCCAGUCCAGAGGCUAAGGCGGUGAAAUUAGCUGACAAAUUGUACAAUCUAAGAGAUUUAUGCAAAGGUACACCUAGAGGUUGGUCAUCUAAACGUUGUGAAGAAUAUUUCAAGUGGUCCAAAAUGGUUGUAGAUGGCUUGCGUGGAACAUGUCCUAUCAUUGAAAGUGAAUUGGAUAAAAUAUUUACUGCAAAGGGAUUAAUGUAAAUAAACAAUAAGUAUGAUA